AUGAGGCUCCGCCCGUGGAUAAGGCUCCGCCCGUGCGGCUGUGCCUCGUCCUCCCGUUCCCCGUCCGCGACCGCAGGGGUCAGACGCCGCCGGCCUGCCCUCACUCCCAGCCGCCUGCUCCCGCCGGCGGGUGGCCGCGCCUCCAUCUUCCCGCGCUCUGCUGACCUGGCCCGAGCCUGGUCGCGCCGCCGCGUCCUGGUGCCCGAGCCUGGCCGCGCCGGUCGCCCGCUCGCGGUCCCCCCGGCUGCUCGCGCCGCCGCCGACCCGCGCGGCCACGGACCCGCGGCGCCGCGGGAGAGCCUGGCCGCGCCGGUCGCCUGCUCGCGCUCCCCCCGGCUGCUCGCGCCGCCGACGACCCGCGCGGCCGCGGACCCGCGGCGCCGCGGGAAGGUGGCCCAUCCUGACAGCGCCCCCCGCCUGCUCGCGCCGCCGCCUUCCCGUUCUCGCCCUCCUGCUCGCGUCGCCGGGAGGAAAGGGCCGUAG